CACCAGCACAACGCAGUGUUUACACCCGUCAGCUGAUCGGUAGUUCGCUGGUGAAGACUGGCCACUGGCGGGCUAAACGUUUCUCAGCAUUUCUCAUGCUUUCAACUUAAUUAACAAUACUCCCAUUUUCCCAUUCCUCCAGACUUUGAGAUGAAGGGCAUAAGAAAGGAUGUGUUUGGUGUCUUCCACGACCCUGACUCGGGUGUGGAGGUGAAGGUGGACCGCUACACCCUGACCAGUGCGUCAGGGGUGGAGGUGCAGGUCAUCUCCUAUGGUGCCUGUGUGAGUGCCAUUGUGGUGCCUGACAAGUCUGGGAAGAAGGACCAUGUCACCCUGGGAUUUGAUGACAUGAAAGGGUACUUAGAGAAUGCAUACCAGGGAAGCUCCAUUGGUCGCUGUGCCAAUCGCAUCGGGAAGGGCAAGCUGGUGGUGGAGGGACAGCAGUACACCCUCACCAUCAACAACAACGGCAACCACCUGCAUGGGGGAACGAGGGGCUGGGAUAAGCAUGUGUGGGAGAGCCAUGUCAGUGAGGAGAGUGUGGUGUUCUCCCGUCUCAGCAGUGAUGGGGAGGAGGGAUACCCUGGGGCUGUGCUGGCACAGGUGAAGUAUUCUCUUGAUGCAGCAGGAGGACUCGGGAUAGACUUUGAGGCAAUGACCACCCGAGCCACUCCCAUCAAUAUGACCAACCAUUGUUUCUUCAACCUGGCAGGACAUGCUGCAGGUCAAGGUGGCCUCUUGGAGCACCUGGUGAGAGUGAAUGCUGAUCGCUUCACACCUGUGGGGCAGGAUCUCAUACCAACAGGGGAGUUAGCAUCAGUGAGAGGAACAGCCUAUGAUCUGCGUAGCCCCACCACUUUUGGGGAGGCACUGCCCCGGGCACCGGGUAAUGGCUUUGACCACAACUUCUGUCUGCAGUUCAAGCACAGAGGUGAACUGGAGCUGGCAGCAUGUUUCCUGCAUACUCCAACAGGUCGUGGCCUGGAGGUGUACACCACUGAGCCAGGAGUGCAGAUCUACACAGGGAACUUUCUGCCCAAAGAAGCAAACAAAAUGGUUGGUCGCAAUGGGACGUCCUACACUUACCAGGGAGCGUUCUGCUGUGAGCCUCAGAACUUCCCUGAUGCUGUCAACCAGAGGAACUUCCCCAGUGCCAUCUGUUGUCCUGGGAAGCCCUACAAGCACUCCAUGAUGUACAAGUUCUUUGUACAAAAGUAAUUCCCUUCCACACUUUCACACAGGGACUUUCCAUGGUAGGUAUGGCUGUUACAUUGCAUGCCCUAUUCUUUGGUUUCUUUGAAUCAUAGACACUUUUACCAGUUAUCUUAAUAAGUACACCACAUCCUUGCCAUUCAUGACAGCUGUGUUCUGAAGUGUGUUGUGAGUGGCAGAUUCAUGAAUGACAAUGUUAACUCUAAUAGGAAAGAGACAGUUAUGUUCCAGAACCCCUGGCUGCCAUGAUUGGUUACUUCCUAGAAAGAUGCAGUCAGCCAAUAAUAAAAUCAAGAUUGUGCUUAGCUGCAAUCUUAGGAACAAAGGCUGACAUCCAUCAUAUCUUCCUGUGCCUCUGUGCUCUACCUUCCCCUCGGCCACUCACUGCCUCUGCUGCUUCGUCCUCUCUCUCCCUGCCAUUUGAUCAAAGUUGUCAGCAUUCCGUAUCAUAUGAGUAUUUAUUCUCAAUUUUUUGUCUAGUUCUCAAAAAUAAUCUGAAAGAUAAUAAUUUGCACAAGUCUUGAUUUGGUUGAGCAGUAGCCAGGCAGUUGGUGGUGAUUGAGGUGGUCUGCCUUUCUUGCUCAAGACUUCCAAGCACUUAGUUGAUUGUGCAUCUCUUGACUCAUCAGAUGGACACCAAAUAUUAGGCUAACAUUAGAGUAUCCAUUAAAACUGGUAAAUGAGAAUCUAGUCAAUUAAACAUCCUAAAUUCAGUUAUUUUUCAUAUGUAAUUUAGAAUACUUCAGCUUAGCUAAAAUGCAUAUAACAGUGAAGGUGAGUCUUGAGAUGCAGCAGGUGUAGUCAUUGAUGCUGACUUGUACUAUAGUGGUGGUAAACGUUAGCUGUAAUGCACAAGUAUGUACAGUAGUUCCCAGUGCAUGUAUUGGCUGAUAAAGUGUUAUUUCAUUUUUAAAAGUUUCAUUUAUUUUUUUUUAAGUAGGUAUGGCCAAGGGCAACAAAAAGUAGUGAAGAAAUGCUCACUAAGGUGCUGGACCUUAGGAGAAUAGUACAAAGGCAAAUCCAAAAUAUCCUAUAGAAGUGUCUUGAAACUAACUGUUAGGAAACGACAAACACUUCAGUUUGCUGUGCAUGCAUUGGGUGGUAGUGUUUUGUUGUUGGCAGAGAGGAAACAACUAUAGAGAAGUGCCUUGAUGAUUGAAUUUUAACAAGUGGGAAAGAUCCAUGCUUUAAGAAUGUAAGAAAAUAAGGGAAGCUGCAGGAAGCCACCAGGCCUACACGUGGCAAUCCCAAUAUGAAACAUGUCUGUUUCCACAUAUCAUCUUCAUCCAUAAAUUUGCCUAAUUUUUUAAAGCUCCCUCAUGACUCAGCACUUACAGCCUGAUUACUGAGUCUGUUCUAUUCAUCUGCCUUUAUUUCUGAACCAUUUACUUCCCAUUUCUUUUUCAAAUCCAACUUAUCAAUCAUGAGCCCAUUAUUUUUUUUGUGCUAUCCUAAUUACUGCCCCAGAGAAUUUUGCUCAUCACCCUUCUUAUAUUUUCCGCUCAUUGGGGUUUUGCUGUGCACUUCACCACUUGUUACAAUCCCAGCAUGGUUUAAGAUGCUCAACUGUUAUAGUUUAUCCUUAUAUUUGUUGUAGUUGUUUCAUUAAACUAUGAAAUAUAAA